UCACAGCAAUGGUCACUACUCUUUGAAAUGGCCGAGGCAGCCGAUCAGUUCAAGGGCAUUUAGAGUUGGGCAACAAAUGUCAGCCUUGCUAGUGAUAUCAACAUCCCAUGGGGGACGGCGGAAGAGACAGUACGAUCGUCCCACCCACUGCUGGCUGCUAAGUAGCGGAACGGAGCGGAAAAAGUAUAUAACGGAAAAUCAGCUUCAUUCUUGCUUGUGUUGAUCAAGACAAUAGUCUAUGGAAGGAACAGUCUUGUAUUUGGACUAAGGUUUUUGGAGGAUCGAGAAGGCAGAACUAUCAUCUUUUGUUCGCAAAAGUCCAGGAAGCAUGAAAAAACGGCGGUACAUUAAGCUGUUCUUGAUGGUGGUGGUUCUCCUUCUUUUCUCCUAUUACUACUUGUAUGACCAAAUUAAAUCCAGUAGGUCUAAAAACACACACCCAUUCUUGUGUUACUCAGACAUCACCUAUAAAAGAUGGCCUGCUAAAACAAUGUCAGUUCCAGAGAUCCUGCCGUUUGGCACGCUGAGCUCAGAAAGACACUUCCAGGCAGCACUUGAAGUUUUGAAGGACUGUGAUCUUCCACAAAACCUGAAAAACCUAUCGUGUCUAACUUGCAUUGUGGUUGGUAAUGGAGGAGUACUUCGAAACAAGACUUUAGGGAAAAUAAUUGACUCCUAUGAUGUUGUCAUAAGAUUAAAUAGUGGGCCUGUGAAUGGAUACGAAGAUGACGUUGGAAACAAAACAACAUUUAGAUUCUGUUAUCCAGAAUCUUUUUUCUCUGACUACAGCCAGUACGAUCCUGACACAACAUUGGUUUUUGUUGCAUUUAAGACAAUUGACUUGCGAUGGUUAAAGGAGAUACUUUUAAAGCAGAGAGUGUCCAUGCGUGGCUUCUGGAAAAAAACACCUACAAAUCUAAUUUACAAAAAUAGGCAAAUAAGGAUAUUAAAACCUUCUGUAGUCCAGAAAGCAGCCUUUGAUUUACUAAAAUUGCCCACAGUUGUUCGUUGGCCUAAGCCACCUCAAUAUCCAACAACUGGAAUAAUUGCAAUAUCUAUGGCACUUGCUAUGUGUGAUAAAGUUCACAUAGCUGGCUUUAAAUAUGACGUCAAUAAUCCUAAUAGCACUUUGCAUUAUUAUGGCAAUGAUACCAUGUCAGCCAUGAAAAAGAUGAUGUACCACAACAUUACUGCUGAACAAAUGCUUCUGAACAAGCUGAAAUCAUCUAAUACAAUAUUUGAUUUGACUGGAAAAUUUUGAAAUAAUCAUCAUUGGAAUUAAUGCUGCUGUACACUGUUGGGGAGAGCUUUCCAUGUUGGCUGGAGUUCUACAUUUUUAUACCAGGGAAACAAACCACUACUAAUUGUUGAACUGUUGAAAAAUUGAAUGCAAGAGAAUAUAUAAAUUCUGUGUGUGUGUGUGUGCGUGCGCGCAUGCAAUUCUGAGAGGAGCGGCAUGAAUUACAAUUGUUGUGUGGCUAUGAGAGCUAUCUUUUUGGACCCUGAGAGAAAAAGCAUUGGAAAGGCUUCUUACUGACAGUGAUGUAUCAUAGCCAAAAUGGGAUUUCAUCAUUAAAACCUCUCUUAAACUUUGUCAAAAAAGUGGAAUUGAUAUGAACAUCCCUUUUUGAUACUUCUGUAGAUGGCCAAAGGUUAUUUUUGCCAGUGAUUGUUGAUUACAUCAUGGGGCAUUGUUUUGGAUGGUGAACGUACAGACAAGGAACAAGUGUAGCCUACUCAGCCCUUUGAAUGUGCCCUGCCAUUCAAAAAGAUCAUGGCUAAUCUGAAUUUAACUUCAGCUCCACAUUCCUGCAUAUCCCUAAUAAUUGUUCAUUCCCUUGACAAUCAAGAAUCUAUCUACCUCUGCCUUCAAAAUAUCUAAAGUUCUGCAUCCGUUAUCUUUUUGAAGAAGAUAAUUCCAAAAAACUCUUGAAGGUUCUUGUCACAUCUGUCCUAAUUGGGUGACCCUUUUUAUGUUUGUGUUCUAGAUUCUCCCAGAAUUGGAAAUACUGUUUCAAUGUCCCCCCAUUCAAGGACCCUCAGGAUCUUGUACAUUACAAUUUGCACCUCUGAAUCUUCGAAACUUCAGAGAGUACAGGCAUGGUCUGUCUAGCCUUUCCACAUUAGGCAAUCUGCUCAUUCCACGCAUUAGAUAGUGAGCAUUCUCUGAACUUCCAAGGCAUUGACAUCCUUCUGUAGGUGCAAUGACUAGUACUGUACAUAAUACUCCAGAUAUGGUCUCAUCAGUGUAUAAGUGAAGCAUAACUUCCUUACCCUUGAAUUCAAUUCCCCUCUCAAUAUAGCAUAAUAUUCUUUCGCUUUCCUGAUUAUUUGUUGUACCUGUAUGCUAGCCUUCUGAUAUUCAUAUACAGGAUACCCAGAUCUCUCCAUCUCAGCGCUACAACCUUUCACCAUUUAGAUAAUAUGCUUCUUUUAUUCUUUCUGUAAAGAUGGAAAAUGUGAAAUUGUCACAUUAUAGAUCAUUUUCCAGAUCCCUGCCCACUCAUUUAACCUACCUAUAUCCCUUUGUAUCCUUUUUAUUACUCACUUUCUUACAUUCCUUUGUGUCAUCAGCAAAUUUAACAACACAAUCUUCAAUCCCUUCAUACAAAUCAUCUACAUAAAUUGUAAAGUGUUGAGGAUUUGACACUGACCCAUGUGGGACACUCAUGACAUCCUGCCAGCCUGAAAAAGAUUCAUUUAUUCCUAAUCUGCUUCCUUUUAGAUACCCAAUCUUUUAGUCAUGCCAAUAUGUUACUUCUGACACCCAAGAGCUUUUAUUUUCUAUAACAACCUUUGAUAUGCUACCCUAUCAAAUGGGUUCUGGAAAACUAAGUCCAGUACAUCUUUUAUCCAGAGCACAAAUUACUACCUCAAAGAACUCUGCUUAAUUAGCUAAAUAUGACUUCCCUUUGACAAAACCAUGUUGACUAAGCCUGAUUUACCUUUGAACUGACCCAACUAUCCUGUUACAAUGACUCUUAAAUAAUAGCUUCUAGCAUGUUUCCUGAGAAAUGUUAAGCCAACUGGCCUGUAGUUUCCUGCUCCUUGUCUUUGUUUAGUAAAGGAGUUACAUAUAAAAGAAACUCCUCACCCCCCCCCCCCAAAAUUGAAUAGUGGUCUGAAAGAAUUGAAUUUUCAUACACUUCCACAGGACUGAAAUGUACUGUACUCCAUUCAGAUGAAAAUAGAUAUUCUUUAAGUUAGUACCCUAUGAUGCUACUUGCAAUUGCUUUAACAGAACAAAAUUCAUGUUCAAGUUGAGAAUUUUUCUAAUAGUUUGAAUAUUUUAAAAUGAUGAGAAUAUUUUCAAUGAAGAAUAUAAAAGAUUUGGAUCUUCCUGAAGCUUUAUUGUAAUUUGUUGUUUGAUUUAGUAACGUGGAAUUAUCUGUUCAGUUUAAUUGCCAGUUUUCCGGUUGUGCCAUUCAGUUUGGGCACAGUUAUGUAACUUAUUUAUAGACAUGACUGGAGAUUCACUUUGAUCGUCAUAAGAUCAUUCCAGUCUGCAUCAUCGAAGUUAGAAACAGCAGUGAAGGUUAUCAGAACAGAAAAGUAUGUUGCUUGAAAGUAAAAGACUGCUUUUAUUGUUUCUUAAUCAUUCAAAGAACAAUUGUUUUCGGCCUUCAGUUUGUAAGAGAAUAUUAAAAAUAAAUUUAUAAGAAGUAA